AUGGACCGAGGUUCUGGCUAUGACAGCGACUUUCCAUCUGCCAAAGAUAUAAAAGACAGUAUGUCUACAAUCUUUAAAAUAGAUCUAAAGAAUACAUUUGCUAAGGGUAUGAGACUCUCACAACAAGCACAGUAAUGGUUUAUAUAGAAAAACAAAAAGGCUCAUCGAAAAUGAAGCUUUGGCUGGCAUUGAUUCUAAGGAAAAAGCAUUCCAAUUCAGAAAAAUCAUAAGAGAAUUUUUAGUAUGAAUCCACAAGUCAAAGGCCGUCACAAUUUCUGACAUCCAAUUCUGGGAAUGGAUCAAAUCAAUCAACGCUGAAAAUUCACAUAAAGACAGAGAUUUUAAAGCUACUUGUGCCGAUUUUAUCGAGAAGCUUUUGAGCAACCAUCAGUUUAGAGUAAUAAUGCAGGUAUGGAUGACUGAAUACGAAAAAACGUUGGAUGAUGGAGAAGAAAAUAUGAAGACAAAAGUCAUUUUGGAAUAUAUAAAACAAAGAAUCAGAAAAGAUACCCAAAGUACAGUAAAUAAUAAAAAAAGGUGCAUUGAAUUGUGUGCCUUUAAGAUAUUUUACCUGGUAAAUAUUUUAUAUAUUAUGAUUUAAUUUUUUUAAAAAAUUUUUGGAAAUUCAGCAAAAAAUGUUUUUCAUGAAGAGAAAAAAAUAAACCUAGAAUUGCAAGCAGCUCCAGAAAGAAGAGACUGCGAAAUUCAAACAGAAGUUUCGGAUGAAGCCGAACAAUCUAUAGAUGAGCUUAAUAAAGAGCUCGAAAGCAAAACAACAAUUCUUACCUUGAUGAAGAAAAAUUUUAGGGACCAAGAAAAAAUGAUUGAGACUUUAAAGAAAAAAAUUGAAAGCAUCGCAGGAAAGACUUACGAAAGUGAUUCUUAA